AUGCGGCUUUUGUCCUCUCUACUUCUGUUCCAGGCGGCAACAUGCUAUGCCGUCAACCCACGGCUGUAUAAUUACCUAGCUCCUUCAAAGUCGACAGACACGCCACGCGAAGCACGCACGUUUCUCUUUAAUGAAACGGGCAAUGAGAGGCGAAUUUCGAAUGAACCGGAAGAUGACGAAGAGAACGUGAACCACAAGCAGAGACGCGACAAUGAUACCUUGGAAGCCCCAAAAAUUCCACCCGAAGAAGCAGACAACACGAAAAAUUCUCUGGAGAAAAGAUACCGCUGGGAAGACAUAUAUGCAGUUCAAAAAAACGCGCCCCCUGAGCUGAUUCAAAUCAGCGAGCCAGCAACAUCGCUCUCCAAUCUGUACCUUUUCUAUAUCUAUGAGAAACCCGCGGGUCAAAAUAUCUACAUCUAUAUUAUCGACCGGGGUGUUGCCAACCCCGACGAGCUACGGAGAAGAGGAGUCCCCGGAUGGGUGCACAUAGCCCAUGAGCUUCCAAUGCACCGAAGAAGGUCCGCCAUCCAGACACAACAUUCCAAAGACCACGGUGAGCACCCUGAAGUUGACGACGACCCUCGUUCCCAUGGAACGGCGGAAGCGAUCAAGGCUGCGGGCACUGAGUACGGAGCAUCCAAAAAUACGAUUAUAAUACCGGUGAAAAUUGGCCCAAACAGCUUCAGGGAUCUUUAUUACGGCAUAUUAGCAGCGGGACAGGAUAUCGAUGCAAAUAAGCACCGCCGCGCGAGAAGGUCUAUUGUCCUUGUCUCGACUGGUAGCGAUGUUCCGCUCUCAGAAGACUCAAACGAAAGCAAAAAUUUUGCUGCACUUAUCUCUAGACUCCAAACUCUUGGAGUUCCCUUUGUGACUGCCGCUGGGAAUUCGGCCUUAAAACCAGACAGUCAGGGCCGCCCACGGGUCAACAUCGACACUUCCCCAGCCGUCGUCGCAGCUAGAGGGCUCCCUAUGUCGGUCGUAGGAAAUGUCAACAUGGAAGGAAACUUUGCAGCGGAUUCCCAACGUGGAUCUCUUCUCACUGGUAGCGCUGGUGGCAUCUUUUCUACGGUGCUAGACAAGAAUGGUCAACUGCCACGACACCUUCCGAGCGGAACCUCGGUCUCUGCUCCACUUUGGGCGGGAGAAAUGGCUAAUACGAUGUCAACGCCGAGGUUUCAAGCUGCUACACAGCAAUUGUCUCUCCCCAACUUCGUGAGCUAUGUGUUUCAGUAUAUGAUACACCGCAGGACGUGCGUCCGGAAUGGGAACCGAGUUUUGUGCAAUGGAGUCACCGAAGAAGUUCAGCAAUACUUCCGUUCCCGCGUGAUAUGUUAA